UGUAUUGUUUUCAGAUACCUCUGUGCAGCAUGGAAUUUGUACGCAGCAGAAAGUGGCAUCUCCAAAUGGGUUGUCUCUUGAUGGUGAAUUUAGUUUUUGGCAACCUGGAAUAUCAAAAAGAAGCCCUUGCCGGCCUGGGAGAGAUUGAUCAUCAUUGUUGGGAAAUAUCCUCUCGUAGGCUGGUGGAAGUGAAGAAACUCAGGGUGUCAAGCACAGUUACUGCUUUCUGGGAAUUCAUGAUGUUCUUAAAAGAGUCGUCUAAACCCAAGCAUAAUGACAUCUUCAACAGUUUAGCUCAGAACUUCUGGGAUAUGUAUGUAGACUGUGUUCUCUCAAGGUCUCACGGGAUGGGCAGGAGACAAUUAGUAUCCGCAGAGAAUACUUUUACAUAUGGACAGAAAGCGUCAGAAGGUUUCACAAACUUCAGCUGUAGAGCAAAGAGGCAAAUCCACAGAAGACACCUCACCCAGAUGAUUCCACAUUGA